AAUUCUAAGAAGUUUUUUCGUUUGUAACAACUUUUGUGACUUUUUAUCACAAAGUUGUAAUAAUUGCCAUGAAAAAUUAAAAAAUUCUUUAAAAUUGAGUCAUUGAGUGUUGCUUCAUUUUUAGAGUGAAAAAUAAAUUGUGUGAAGAUUUGUAGUCAAGUGUUAAAGGGGAGUUACUGGAAAUGGACUAAUGUGUCACAAGGCAUUUUAUCAAAAUUUGUUUUAGUUAUUAAUUUACAAUCAAAUUGAUAAGUAUUAUCAUCAUAAUGCAGCAUCUUUUGCCGCAUAAGCAACCCAUCCUAUCCUUGGUGGUGUUCCUCAUUGUCAUAGCAGCACCUCCAUCGACAUGGGCUCAGGAGAAUGCCCAACUACAAAUACCACCAUCCUUGGUUGAGUGCUACAAUACAAGUUAUUACAUGAACCGUGACAAUCGAUUACCGUCGACAAUUAACACGCUCAUCGAUCUAAUCCGUAAAGUGGAAAAUAGUCCGGACUUUAAUAUGGACGCACGACAGUUGUCCGUCGCAUUGCUGCAUCGUUUCCGUCAGGAUGGAAUUCAACGAGCUACUGGUGUUCAAGCUGGGAUUCCCGGAGUUCUGCCAUACAGUCCGACGGGAUUUCAAUUCCCUAAGUUUCGUAUUCUUUUGACACGUCUUAUUCCGGGAAAUGCCAAUACCUUCCCGAAUGCAUCAUUGUCACAACAAGAACGUUGUUCUAUGCAUUUUAUGCUCUCGAGCUCAUACAAUCUUCGAGUCCGUGGCGAUGAGAAUAUGGUGUGCAAUCGGUUGUCCCAAUACCGUUCGAAUCGAUUCAGCAGAAGUGUGAAUGACAAACCCUACAAGUCGAACUUCUUGGGCGAUGUUGAGUUCAUCGAAACCCACAAGAACUCGAAGAAGGAAGAUAAGGUCAAGACUAACCCCUACAUGGACUUUGACUACUGGAACGACGGUGGUGAUGUGAACUACGGAAACGAUAAUUCUGUAAGUCAGUGUCCGGUAGAGAAUGGAGUUAUCUGGACGCCCUGGGGAACAGUCACUGCGGGUAACUUAAUAGCUGGAAUUGCAGCUGGUCUUCAGCCUCAGACGAUACAGCUUAAAACACUUCUGGCUCUAUCCAGGCGCCCUGGUCAAUUCGGAGGUAGACAAAGUACCCUUACUGUGGAUAACCGAUGGGCAGCUACUUUGGCGGGAGACCUUGCCGAAGUGGCUCUCGUCCAGGUACCAAUGUCACCGUCGAGCAGUGCUUCAGUAGGAGCCGGUGGAGCGUGGAACGAUACUGUCAUGGCCAAAUGGUAUUUUAUGUCAAGAAGAGAUAACCUCGAGAUGACUGACGCUGAAAUUCGGGGUGACUUGGAUGGUCUGAUCAUCGCCAUGAACAUUGCAAAUUGGAAGAAUCAAGCUUCCGGAAUAAAACUGAGUCAAUUGCUUUCGAUGUACUACUCUCUGGGAGGAGUCCUUGAUUCAGGCAUCAAGGCCUGUAACAGACAGCAGCAGUUCAACACAGUGGCUCCAGUGAGUGAUAUGGCCAGUCAGACAGCAGCCUUUGCUCAAGUCCUCGAUGCAGAAAUGCAGUUAAGAGUUACUCUCCAACAACCCGCAAUUCAGCAAUUCUCGCAAUCAGCAGCUGGCGAACUUGGAAAUUAUGUUCCUCAAUAUUUAAAUGACAUUUCUUGUGAAGCUUCAAACGUUCAGACAGGCGAUGUGUCAGAAAAAAUCACAACCAUGACAGACAUAUUUGUUUACAUCGACACUUCAUGGGAAUAUAAUGCAAUUACUGAUUAUGUUAGCUACGUUCUCGAACGGAUCAAUGUUGCACCAUAUGCAAGUUCCGUAACGCUUCUCAGCGCUGGUGACGGAAGAAUAAUUGCCAAUACCACCUAUCACAUGAGUGACGUCUAUCAACAAUGGAAUGUCUCAACUCAAUCAAACUACAGUCCCGGUUUCAACCUUCCUCUUAUUUUGAAGUCUGUACAAAACCUAACUCAAACUCUUAUGAUUGGACAGCAGCAAAACAACACAGUUGGAGGUCGUUCUAUGAUCGCCCUUUUAGUACCGAACAUGGCCACCGUAAACGAUGGAGACUCAAACUACGUUCAAAUUCAACUGCAGUACAUCUACGAACAAAUUCCUGAUCUGAAGUUCCUCUAUUUUACCGGUGGUUCAGCAAUUCGAUUCAAUUCAUUUGUGGUCGAUCCAUCUAAGGAUAUUUUCCAGAUAAGCUUGGGUCAAAACAAUUAUGCUUCACAGGGAAGACCAGUUGUUCAGCGUAUCAAAGAACUUCAACGCCGCAUCAUAAAUCCCCGCUGUGGAGCAUAUUGGUACAGCUCAACCUGGGGUCAAGAUCAAAUGUACCAAUAUAUUCGCCCGAAUUUCAUCAACUUCUAUCGACUAAUGCCAAAUUAUUUCUACAUUGCCGGUGGAAGUCGACAAGUGAGCGUGAAUGGAGCAAGUGGAACAACUCUAACAGUCUGUACUUCCCGUUACAAUCCACGACCCAUGCAAAACGCAACAACUUCAACGUCAAAUGGACAGAGUGACGUAACCUGUCAACAGUUGACAAAUACCGGAAACAGUAUGACAUAUGAUCUGUCAAAUGCAUGCAAUGGUUACUUUUCGAUACACAGCUGUCCACCGCUUUAUAUAUCAGUGCAAGCAACAUCCACAUACAGCUCGCAGUCUUCAUGCAUGGACAGUGCUUGUCAGUAUCCCGAUGAAGUCCGAUAUCAAGUGACUGUGCAGAAUUUGGGCUGCUACAGCGGUGUUGGAAAACUCUUGGCUAGUUUGACAGUUAUUAUGAUGGCAGCCAUUUUGAGACACAUCGUUGUGUAAUCAGCUGAUUUAUAGUUUGGGAACAGUUUGACAUAUGCAUGUUUUUGUCGCUGGAAAACUAUAGAAGACACUUAGGAGAGAAGAGAGCGCUGGGAGUCCUUCCAAGAACAACCUUUUUUUUUAAUUUUAAUAUUUUUAGAUAAGUUUACUAACCUACAAGCAGUUGCCUUUUUUUAACUUUUUACAUAUUAAAGACGUAAUUUACAGUAUUCAUAAGAAUGAGUCUUAAUGACUUAGAAA